AUGACGGAACACCAUGGAGCCCGCGCCCGCCACGCCGGGGUCAACAUCUCGACCGAAGGAACGACCGAGAACACUCAGUUGCCUGGGUCGUCGAUAACCUCGGGAGUGGGUGAGGCCCCUCCAGGUGCUCGUAGUAGCAGCCUGCCUCCGUACUUUGACUCGGUGUGGCAUCGCACUAGCUCGGAGCUCCCGCCAAGGAGUUUCGAAGAAGGGUCGACGUUCUACAUGAUGGGCAGCCGUCCGAUGUUGGCUCCACCACCUGUCUAUGGCAAGGACGGCUUCAAGGAGCGCGACCAACAGACGUACGCCAAACGUUUCAUCAUGUACGCCCGCGGCCAAGACGCUAUUAGCGUGAGCAGCGAUGUGCGCAUAGGGACGGUAUCGAUGAGCUCCUGUAUGACGGCGGAGGCUCACGCCCACGACGCGUAG